AUGUCAUUCCGAUCUGUUGGCAUUAGGGAUCCUACCCGAACGGAGCCUAUUACGAUCGGUCAUGAAGGUUGUGGCCAUUUUGCAGCUGUCCAUCCGGAUGCAGAAGGAAAGGGAUUCGUGCCGGCCGAUACGGUAGGAUUCUUAUUCACCAAUGGGGCCUGCUUCGAGUGCGAGGGUUGUCAGGUCCAUAACACCCUCUGUCAACGGGGUAAUCCCUUCGUGGUGGGAUUUGCGUUUCCUGGCUUCUUCGCCGAGUAUGCCCUGGUCGACUGGCAAAAUGCAAUUCAUCUCCCCGAUCAGUGGGACCCUAAGUCGAGCUCGGCAUUGUUCUGUGCGGGCCUGACUGUAAUUGAGGCGGGUGGCCUCGGCCAGCUCGCUACUCAGUUUGCAAAGGCACUGUCAGCCAAAGUUAUUGCAAUUGGCGUCAAUGAUUUGACUCUUCAGGUCUGCAAAGAACGAGGCGCGGAUUUCGUGUUUAACUCCAGGACGGACGCAGCAUAUGCACAAAGGAUCAAAGAACUAACCAAUGGUGGUGUCCAUGCCGCUGCUGUGUAUAGUGCAGCUAUACUGGCUUACAUCUUAGCCGUGUCGGGUCCUGAAUCCUACCGGCCUUCUGAUAGUCGUCGGUGUCACACAUGA